AUGGCGACCAAAGAUGUGUCGACACGUCCCAAAUAUCUGGCUAUGACUACAGCUGCAAUAAACAGUCUUGGGGAGAAAGGCGGUUCGUCCCGACAGGCCAUUUUAAGGUAUAUUUUGGAACAUUACGACACCGUUACUAAAAACGAGAAAAUUGUGAACAGUCAUCUCAAAAUGGCGCUUAGGCGAGGAGUGGAAAAUGGGGACCUCAAGCAAUCGAAGGGUACGGGUGCGUCUGGCUCGUUCAAGAUAGGUGAAGUGGCCAAAGCAAGGGAAAAAGCUGAGGCAAAAAUAAAAGCUGGGAAAGAAAAGGCUGACGCGAAAGUAAAAGCUGAAAAAGAUAAAGUGAAAACCGUGAAAAAGAAGACUGAAAAAAAAGAAAAAGUUACCAAAAAAGUAGACAAAACGGAAGCUAAAUCAAAAGGCACAAAAACAGUGGUGAAAAAAGCGACGCCGAAAGCCGCGAAAACCAAAACUGUCGUCGCUACUACCCCAAAGAAAAGUGUCGCAAAAGCUGCUGCAUCAAAAUCGCUGAAAACCCCCAAAAGAACACCCAGUGCGUCGAGUAAGACGAAAAAGCCGACAGCUGAAAAAUCUGCCAAAAAGGUGGCCAUCAGAAAGCCAAAAACUCCAAAGAAACCAACAAAAAAGUAA